AGUGACAGCGACAUAAUCGUCAAGAUCCGCAUAUACACAUAUAUGAUCUAACCAUGAAUGAAGAGGACAAAAGUAAGAUUACUGAGAACUUGACCGUGUUGAGAGAAAGUGUGAUGAUCAGUAUUCAUCCUAUUCUACAUACACUGAUCGAGAAAGGUGUGUUCAAGUUCGAGUUUCUUGCACAAUUUGACCAAAUUUCAGACCGACACAACCAGUUCAGUAAAUUUAUUUCUUUUCUGACAUCAUCAGGGCACAAACUGGCCUACAGUACGUUUAAGACCGCAUUGAAGGCAGAGGGAUUUCAUAAUUUGGUGGAAACCAUGGAAAGAACAGAGCCGGACCCUAACAGAACAAUUCACUCUGAGCAGGUAGAGUCUGCAACGGCAGCCGGUGCUCCUGGUGGAGAACUUCUUGGCGCUAUGAAAGAAAUGUUUGCUGAUGCUGAACGGAAACAUGAAGAAAGGAUGAAAAGAAUUGUAGAGGACGUGUCCCACAUACGAAAGAAACAGACAGAAGCGGAGUUGUUACGACAAGAAGAUCAGAAACAUCUUCAUGAACUGCAUGAGUUGAAUAAGAGAACUCUCGGAAUACUUCAACAGUCUUCAGGUGAAGAGAAACAUUUAAGAGAAGAAUUUACACGCUUACAAGAGAUACAGAAAGAAAUGCGUCAAACUGACAAUGAUCGUCUUCUCCGUCUCCGCGGCAAGAACUUUGAGAUACAGGAACUCAACUGCAUGAUAAAGAAAACAGAGAAACAACUAGAGGAAAAGAUAGAAGAAAAUAGCACAUUAAAGAAAACAAUUUGUGACCAAUACGAAAAACUUCAAUCUAUUCUCGAAAAGCAAAAUCAAACGCUAAAGGUACGAACGGUGAACAGACAAGUUAACCAAGCAGUCGAGGAAUACAAACGAACCGGAAUAAUCGAUUUGAAUUUUCAAAUCAGUCUCCGGGAUUAGCCUAGUAUCUUAAUUAUUUUGAUGACGAUGAAAAAAACGAACACUGAUUAUUGAUGAUGAACCGUUAUGUAAUUCGACGUGUGCAUUUGGUAUAUGCAUUAAUAUAGUUGUAUGUAAUGUUUGUAUUAGCGUAAAAAAGUAUAUUAAACACUAACCAGUGUGUGUGUAAAGGUGUGUGAGUGAAUGCAUGUACGACCGCUUGUCACUUAGCCAACUUAUUACCUUAUAUGCGGGUCGCAUAUUUCCCCCAUAUUAUAGAGGGCCGGAGUUCUGACGUUAAUCGACGACAGACCGAUAUAAAAAAAAAAGUCGAUAAAACGUCAGAAUAAUUCGGACUAGGGUUCUGGCUCCAAAUUCUAUGAUAGUGUUGAUUGUUUACAUAUCGCCGUGCGCCUGUGUGACCGGUUUUAACUAAAUAAAUAACAGCAAUUUAUGUCCAAUUUCAUAGUCCAGAACUUGUUUGUACAUACGUUUUUUAAAAUAUUGAUUGUUCAUAUUACAACUACAGAACAUUGUAGAAAUGACAUGAUUUUCCUGUUAAUUUUGUUAUUCGCCAUUUUGGAAGCUGACUAUGCGAGAUGCUCGAUACUACUUACAUUUAUUCUUAACUUCAUAGUCGUGUAAACAUGGUAGAUUGAUGGACAUUAAGUCAUUAUUAUAUGUAAAGAGUAUGCUAACCUUUUUGGCCAAAAUUUAUGUCUUUUAGUGAUGUUUUAGAUGUUUAGUCACUUGGAGAAGCCCCUCGGACUAUUUAUAAUCCAUAGCUUUAGCGGUAUUAAAUAGUAGUUUUACACGUAUUUUUCUACUCUGUACAAUUAUUUUAACACAAAGCACUUGUUGUUUGAUCGGAUAUUAUGAGAAGUCGUGUGAGAUAAAGGUAAUUACUUUUACAUGCAAUCCUAUGGGAAAGGAGUGUCUCCGGACCUCUCCCGACUAAUCACCGGACCUCUCCUGACUAGUAAUAUUUAGAAGGUUAUAAAUACAGGUCGGAUCGGACCUUUUUCUUUAGUUUAUCAGUGUCUUCGCUGGCAGACGGUCGCCUCUGAACAGGUUAGAGCCACCGGCUCAAGGGACACUACUCCCUUAUUUAUCAGCAUUGUCAUUGGAUAUAAGCUGAAAUCCCAGUAUUUGGCUAUUUAUAGCUGAAUUGUCAUUUUAUUGUAAAAUAUCUCAAAAGUUGAAGUUUUCUAGUAUUUUUGCUGGACUACAUAUCACAUUAGAAUUUAGGUGGCUUAAAAUAAAAGGUAAAAAAUCUCUAGUGAUUAGUGGGAUAUUUUACAGUAAACACAGUCAGUUAGUGUGGGCUAAUAUUUUAAAACUUCAGAGUGGUUGUGUACACAUUGUUUUUGUCUGGUGCUAGGACCUGUGUAACGAUGCCUUGUUUGUACUGUUUUAUUAUCCUGAUAUGUACUCUAUAGAUAUACCUUCGUAAUUUACUUAUUCCAUUAAUAAAAUAUAUUUG